UGAAUGUCGGCAUUGUCGCCAUCAGUUUUUUUUUGUAAUUAUUUUUUUAAGUUUCUCUGAAUUCUAUUUGAUUUACGGUAACGUGGGAAUUUAAUAUUUCUAAAAGAAGAUUUUGGAGAAAUUCGGGCAAAAUUUAUGCUAGUUAAUUGCUUGAAAAUGCGAAACCAUUGAUAGCGAUAGAAAUUCUCUCGCAUUUUGUAGCGAUAGAAUUUCUGAACUUCUUAGUCCAUUUACACUAUGGUAUCUAGAAAUCUGGAGAACCACAAGGAAUUUUAAGGAUGGCUAAAAUUAGUGUAUGGGCGGCAGAUGAUCAAGUCUACCAUGAUCUUUGUUUCUAGGUAUCUUUGGGCAUGGAUCUUCCUACAACUACUGUGGAACAUGUACCAGAGACAAUUGAAGACGAGCAAAAGGGAAGCCCAUUGUUCAAGUGCUAUCUCCAUGACACAGAAAUAGUUCACAAGAUAGCUCAAGUGUUCAUCCUAGGAUUAGCUACAGCUUGUGUUGACAACACAACAGGUGAUAUGUUCAGGAGCCCCGCUUCUGUAGCUGUUGAUACCAGAAAAGAACUGGUGGACUAUCUUACUCAGAGAAGUGGAAACUUCGUCACUGAAUUUAUUAUCUUAGAAGGUGGUCCAGAGGCAGAAGAAUCUGACCACCCCUUUGAUAUUAUUUCCGAUUUUGUUGAUGACUUUUCAAAUUCAAAGAGGAACUUGUUUAGUCGGGUUUCAGGAUGGCUACUGAGUGAAAAGAGAGAAGACAAGGUAGAUGAUUUUAUUCAAGAGAUGGAAAUAAAUGGUUUUUGGUUGUUGGAUGGGAGGGAAGCAAUUGCACAGACUUUGCUCAAGAAUGUUGACUUCAAGAAUGCAUUUCACUGCAACAUGAAAUUCAACUCUUCUGAAGAACUUGAUGCACAUAUUCACCACUGCAGCUUUAGAUCUAUGACCUGCAUAAAUGAGGGUUGUAAUGCCAGAUUUUGUGCGCGUCAUUUGGAUAAGCAUGAUUCAGUUUGUCCCUUCAAGAUAAUUCAAUGUGAGCAGAAGUGCUCAGACAGGAUCAUCAGACACGAGAUGGACAGGCAUUGCAUAACUGUCUGCCCAAUGAAGCUUGUGAACUGCCCUUUUUAUGCAGUGGGUUGUCAAUCAACGAUACCUUACUGUAUGAUCGAACAACAUUGUUCAGAUACCCUCAGUUCGCACUUGCUAUAUAUUCUUCAAGGCAUUCACAAAGAAGCAUCUAUGGAGGAUCUGAAACGACGGGUGGAGCAACUAGGACAGUUGAGCUUUAAGGCAGCAUCAUCUGGUCAGCUAGCAGAAGCUCGAGAUCUGAGAUCUUUAACAUCCAAAGUCAAGUACAUCGAAGCAAAGUGGGGGCCUGCAUUCGAAGUUCACAUCACGAACAAGGAUAUUGAAGAGAAUGUGGAGAUUUCAAAUACAGCAAAUGGCUUGGACGAAGCCCACAUCAAGAACAAAGAUAAUCAAGAGAUAAUGGAGAUGUAAAUCUGGCAGAUACCUCAAGCAAAGCUGAAAGUUAAAAGUUCGAUAAAUUUCAAGUACGCUUUCUGUUUUUUCACAGGGAAUCCUAUUCAUCAUGAAGUGGAAGUACUCUUUAGAAUUGAGUAGUAUUAGAGCCACAAAUUAAUUACAUAAAAAUAAUCAUAUAAAUUGACGUGAUUUUAUUGAUAUAUUAUAUUUAUUUUAUAAUAAAAAUAAUUUUAUAA